AUGGGAUCUGUGGAAAGUCCAGUAACAUAUGUGCCUUAUAUGAACAAUCAAGAUUGUUCCAAAAAGAUUUGCAACUUAUACUGCCAACAAUGGUGCAACUACGUCGUCCUUCCUUCUCCUCCACCGCCUGCAGGGUUUUCUGACGAUGAUGCGGCUGGUUCUGCUCUCUCACCUCUUGUGAUCGUGAUCAUUGGUGUUUUUGGGAGUGCCUGCCUUUUGAUUAGUUACUACAUUAUAAUAUCCAGACUUUGUGUCGUAAACAAUCAUGAUUCAUCUGAAUCUUUGAGAAGGAGAGGGGUUCAGAAUCAUGAAACCCUGGAUUCAGUAAUGGAUGAGGAUGAAUUUAACAUCGACGAUGAUCCUUUGAAUCUUGGUCCUUGGCAUGUUCCAGGUAAGGGUUUGGAUGAGGGUGUGAUCAAUUCAAUUAGGGUUUGCAAGUACAAGAAAGGAGACAACUUGGUUUCUGGUACGGAGUGUCCAGUUUGUUUAGGAGACUUUCAAGAAGACGAGAGUCUUAGACUUUUGCCCAAAUGCCGCCAUGCUUUUCAUGUUUAUUGCAUUGAUACUUGGCUUACAAUCACAUAUCUUACCUCCUCCCCCUCCACCACCGCCGCCNUUUUGUCUUUGUCUAAUAUCGGAUUUGUAGGACCUAAUGUGAACGUGGGGCCGAGAUCCGCCGGGACUGUGACGCCGCCCCCACCGCCACCGCCUCCUCCACCCGAGGUGUUUCCACCUAGGAGCUGGGUUUCUAGUGAUUUAGGAGGACGCGAUGCUGUAAUCGAGAUUGGAGAAGGCGCAGGUGGUGAAAGGGAAGUCAGGAGAUCAGUAUCUAUGGGUUAUCUGUGCCAAACGCAACUUUCGGUAGCAGAUAUUUUGUUCGUUAAGAAUGAAGACGAUGAAAUGGAAUGCGGAUUUGGAGAGGGUGGUGGAUCAUCAAAACAAGGUUUGAAAUUGGAAGAAUGUGGACAUGAAUACGAUCUGGAAUCAGUUUUGAAUAAUGAAAAUAACGUAUGUUUGAAUAAUUGUGGUGAUGAUAUGAUGAAAAGAUCAUUUUCUAGUGGGAGGUACUUCUUGAUUAGAGGGUGGAAAGGGAAGAGCUUAAAAGUUUCUAGUCAUGUGCCAACUUAA